CACAAAUUCCACAACCCACAAAGUUUUGAUCCAUUUUCUGGGAACAAAGCAAAAGCAGUACCAUCUAUCAUGGCCUCUUCUUCACCUUCCUUGUCCACACCAUCAUCAUCAUCAUCAUCACUACUAACGCCGCCGCUGCUUCUCGAUCAAGGAAGCGGUGGCCCCGCCGUUACAACGUUGUCCACCGUUCAUCACGAUAUCAUCCAAACACAUAUUCUCACCCGACUCGACGGUCCAACCCUCGCCGCCAUUGCCUGCGUGUCUUCCCAGUUACACGGACUUUCCACGGAAGAAAACCUGUGGAGAAGCAUAUGUGCUGCUACGUGGCCUUCUGUCAACCACCCACGUGUACACGACGUCAUCUCAACGUUCGGUUCUGGUCACCGAUCUCUCUUCUCCGAUUCGUUUCCGCUCUUGGAUUACCGUCCGCCAAAAAAGCAAAAGCCCAAUUUCUCGGCGAACCUAACGACUGAACUUAUCUCGGCGGUGGAUAUUUGUUACCAGAACAAGCUUAUUUUCUCCAAAGUCCAAGAAAUGGAAACGGUGACCGAGUGGUUUAAGUGUUCGCCUUUCCGAAUUGAUCUUCUUGAUCCGAAAGAGUCAGUUCCGACACCGAUACAGUGCUCCGGUCAGGAGGAGAUGUGGCUCAAACAUCUGGAGGAGAACAUGAGUUUGAGCUGGAUAAUGAUCGAUCCGACCAGGAAAAGGGCGGGAAAUAUGUCGAGCAGGAGGCCGGUUUCGGUGGAGCGUCACUGGUUAACGGGGGAGGUGCUGGCGAGGUAUUCGGUGAUAUUGGCGGGGAGAGAGUGGUCGUCAAGGGAGUUGGUGGAAUGCACGGUGGUGGUCACGUGUGGGAGUGAGCAGCUGGGAGGAGGUGGGAUGCACGUGAGGGAGGUGAGCAUGCAGAUGGUGGACAUGGAAGGGAAGGGGUUGAAUGGGGCGGAGAGUCUGGCAAUUUUGGAAGGGGCGAUGGGGGGAGGGAGGAGGAGGAAAAUGAAGGGAAAUGAAGGGAAGAAGAAAUACGAGGAGUUUGAAGAGAGGAAGAGAAGAAGGAAGGAGAGGAAACAGAGGGAGGAAAGGGCUUUGGACAUGGUUUGUAUUGCACUUGGGCUCAUUGGACUGGUGGCCUUCUGGUGGUCUAUUUUGUGCUGGAAAUAAGAGAAUUUUUCAGAGACAAAAAAAUUACAACCCAUGUAGGGUGUUCUUAAAUUCAAUUCAUUUUUUAAAAAAUUGUUCUUUCUUAU